AUAUAUAUAUACACACAUAUAUAUAUAUGUAUAUAUGCAUCUAUAUAUGUAUAUGUAUGCACGUAUGCGUGUAGAUAAAUGAAUAAGUAAGGCUUGGUAGUGAAUAGAUAGACAGGCCUGUAAAUAGUGGCUGCAAUAAAGACGAGAAGGAGUUAGGAAAAACAGGGAGUAUAGCAAAAAUAAAUAAAUAAAUAAAAAGAGAAGACAAAGUACAAAGGACCAAAGGAUUUUGGUGGUGCAAUGGCGGCAGUAACAGUCGCAGCGGCGGCCACAGGAAGAGACGUGAAAGGAAAGAGAGAUAUAUGGAGACACAUCACCAACGGUGAGGCGUUCGCCAACGCGAGACAGCAGGAACACGAACAGGCGAAACACCAUCUCGUGUUAACACCGACGAAUAACCACCUGAAAACACCGCGAGCAGUACCACCAUCACCACCGCCAACACCAUCAUCGAUAUCAACAACAACAACAGCAGCAACAACAGCAUCGGCACCGUCAUCACCGCCGCCACCAAAAUCACCACCAGCAGUAACAACAACAACAUCAACCAUCAACACAACAACAACAGACAUCUUGGCGUCAUUUACAAAGACAAGGACAACAGUUGUGACAACGACUCAGCCGAAAGUUGAAAGCUUUCAUACAAACAUGCAGAACGGAUCUUUAACCGCUUGUCGUCCUUGGAAGCUGUACUUCCAAAACACAGACAACGAUAGCAAAUCUUGUUUGGCUGUAGGUCAAUCUCAUUUGGCAUGUCUCUGUUGGUCUCUGGGAAAUGCAACAGCCGCAGACAUGGCUCUUGUAGAACAAGGUGAUAGUGCUCCCCCUGAGAACUGUCAUCGUCUUGUCAUUCUUGGAUCAGCAAAAGUUGGGAAGACUGCCAUUGUUUCAAGAUUUCUUGCCAACAAAUUUGAUGAGAACUACACACCGACCAUAGAGGAUUUUCAUCGGAAAAUUUACCGAAUUCGUGGAGCUCCCUAUCGGCUUGAUAUAUUGGAUACAUCUGGGAAUCAUCCGUUUCCAGCCAUGAGACGACUAUCGUUUAUCACAGGUGACUUGUUUAUCCUCGUCUAUUCUAUCGACAGCCGAGAGUCUUUUGAAGAAGCUAUUCGACUACGAGAACAAAUUCUAGAAUGCAAAGGUCACUGUGCAGGUUUAAAGAGUCAGAAGACUUUGGAUAUCCCAAUGGUUAUUGUCGGUAACAAAGCUGACAAAGAAAGUGAAAGGGUUGUCGAAGCCUCAGAAGUGACUAAGCAGAUAGAAGGGCAGCAUGGCUGCGCUUUCGUUGAAUCAUCAGCAAAAAAGAGCGUUAAUGUUGAUGAAGUAUUUCUACGUUUAUUUGAAAUUGCUAAACUCCCUUCAGAAAUGAGUCCAUCAAUGCACCGCCGAGUUCAGCCAACAUACAUUGGUUCAACUAGUGGUAACAAUCAAAGAAAAGGUAUGUCUAUUCGACGAAAAAUGAGUGAUGCUUGUGGAACUGUUGCACCAAACGUACGUAGACCAAGUAUUAGAACUGACCUGCUUGUUGCUCAGACAAGGACAGGACGCACUAAAACCUCACCAGAUGGAGCACGUGAAUCCAAAUGUCUGAUACAGUGAUCCAUUUGACAAGAACUGUUUUUGUUUCCAUUUUGAAAAGCAAAUUAUAAUUUCAUUGAAAACUGGAAUUCUGACAGGAAACUUUGCCUAUAAUAUUCUCUCGUUUGUACGGAUUGGAACGAUAAGCAAAUACUUCCUUUUAACUUGCUCUGUGCACGUAAUUAUUCCUGAACAGAUUAAAAAUAAAACUCAACAUACAGAGCUGAUUUUCUCUUGAAAGUGACACAUUGAAGUAUAUGUUUUUAAACGUUUUGUAUUAUUUUGUAGAUUGCUAGAUCGGCUGUAUUUUUCAUCAACUGGUUGAUAUAUUUUUUAUUUAUUCAUCUAUUUCCACUAGAAAAAUAAUUUAAACAUGUCUCAAUUGUAGUUUGAAUUUCUGGGUACUAAAAAAAACUAUUUUCAAAUAUUUCGUCACCGCUCAGGUGGUGUUGUAUCACUUUCAAUAAUGUAAUUCAGAUACAUGUGAAUUAUAAUAAGUUUAAAGGGCUCACAACUUUUAAUAUUCAGGAUUUCAGAUUAGAAAGCAGACUUUAUAAAUACUUAUUGCCAAAAUUAAUUCAUUAAAAACUAUAUGAAAACAUGUGAUUUCCUUACCUUUAUAAGUGGAUACAAUAGCAAAUUUAAUUAUUUAAAUACAUUUCAGAUCAUAUCAGGAAUUGAAAGUUAAAGACAUCGUUGAACUUUAUCACUCAUUAUCUGCAAGGAGCUCACAAAGUAAAGCUGCUCCAGUUUCCACCCUAGCGAUGAUAACAUUUCUUUCUUUGUCUAUUUAUUUCUUCUGAAGCAUUCUAUCAAUUCCUGCCUUAAAUUCAUCCGCCGUUUUCACACCCAAACACACUACUAGAAGUGUUCUCAAUCACUUACCAAACUGUGAGAAAAAUGUAUAAGUAUUCUUCCACCAGCCAAAUCCUGUUUCAUUUUAUUUAAAUUUUACCUUUAUAAACUGCAAGAGAGAAAUAUUUUUCUUAAAGAAUUUAAACCCACUUAUGCAUGUCAUCCAUGCAGAAUCUCGGAUAAUUAAUGUGGAAUCCUAUUAUAUUCAACUAGGUCUUUAUAAAACACAAUACAAAAGCGCUGCAUUAUGGGUGUCUUUCUAUUUUGGCUACUUAUAUAAUCACUAACAAUUUUGCUUAAAGCAAUACUAUUUUUUUAAGAGAAACACAGGUAAUAAUCUGAAAACAUUAAUUCUGAAGACACUGGCAUUUUCUUUUAUAAUAAAUGCAUAAAUUAUGAAGAGAACAGCUGGAAUCCACAGACAUUUUCUAUUUUACUUAGUUGGCCUUUUGCAGUUUAUUUCUUAGGAUUCUAUGUUAGUCGGGCGCAAAUAUAAUUUUCUCAAAACAUUACUGCACAUUUGAACCCUGACACUACUUGUGUUUGUGGCAGGGAUGUAGCAUUCGUCGACAUUAAGAGAGUCAACAACCGGACAUUCUGCUCAUAAAUUUCUUUUUUCCAUUGUUUGAUUUUCAUCUUCAUAAUCUAAUGACAGUCGAACAUCUUUCUUACUAACGGUGAUUUUAUACGACACAGUGUCAAAGGACAGACACAUUGAUAUAAAUUAUACUUACAGACAUUUGCAAAUUUACUAUGUGUACACACAAAGAGAGAGACUGGGAAAGAAUAAAGUAUAACAAUAUGUGAAUACAAAAAUACAGAUUCUCGCAUAAUUUACAUGGACUCCAAGUAUGAGAAUUAGGUGUGGUAUAUUUUUCUAAUACAGAACACAAUCCAAUAACUUUAACAUUAUGAACUCCCAUAACGAGAGACUUUUUUUCUUAAUGACGGAAAUAAUGGAACUAAUCCAUUCCACCUUUACAGUUUACCACUGUUAUACAAUAUUAUUUUAAUGUUAAUAUCAUUAUUAUUAUUUUUAUGUUUUUGUUUCUUGAAAUAUUAUUUUCCAGUUCUAUUUGAUAUUGUAACGGGGAUGAUGAACUUUUUUCUAUAAGCUACCCAAAUGAGGAUGAGAAUACUGUUGUUGAUGAUGACGAUGAUGAUGAUGAUGAUGAUGAUGAAGAUGAUGAUGAUGAUGAUGAAUAUGAUGAUGAUGAUGAUGUUGAAGAUGAUGAUGAUGAUGAGGAGGAGGAGAAUGUUGUUGUUGUUGUUGUUGAUGAUGAUAAUGAUGAUGAUGAUGAUGAUGCGCUUACUGGUGGUGGUAAUAGCAAUGGCGUUGAUGACGACGGCAAGUGAACUACAUUUCUUUGAGUUCACUAGUGACAAAUCCAUCAUCAGGUUUGCAGCCUAGCUUGAACUUGGACAGUUUUAUUUAUUAGUUGCAAGUAAAAUAAAAAAUAUUGUGGAGGUAAGAAGAAUAUCUUAAUGGUAUAUUUAAUAAUCAAUUAUUGUCAUUUAUUAAAGAGUUUCAUUAUCAGUAGUUGUGUUUCGAAUAAUUAUUUGCUGUUACUGGCACGAAUAUUAAGCAUCGUUCAAUCUCUCAUUAAGUGGCAGGAUACGAGUUUGGAUUGUGUGAAUGCGUAUAAGACUGUGUGAAUGGAGAGAGUGUAUAUUACAGAGCACCACAUGAAAGUCGCACGUGGUGACUCCAGAGAUAAUUAUUCCAGUCUCGUUAAUCAUGAAUAUACUCUAUUCAAAUGAAACCUUUUGACAAGUUUCAAAUUUUGCAUAGCAACAGAGACGCUGAUAAAGUAUAUGUGGUUAUAAAGUUCGCUUCGCAAUGAUGUGGGCCAUCGCUAGAUGUGUUGCAUCUUAAGGAAAUAUCUUCUACCAUAAUUGGGGUCGAAGUCUUCUGAACGAACUUUAUUAGAUGCAUGUGUAUGUGUGUGUGUGUGUGGGGGUAUAUGCGGGUGUGCGUGUACGUGUGAAAGUAUGUUAAAUAGACGGCACUUGUUCUUGAGGGGCAAAUUUAAUCUUAUGAUAUAUGGGGUAAAACUUAUGGCCUGAAGGAGCGCAUAUGCUGAGUAAAGCUUCUCUUGAAGUCAUUGGCUGUGAGACCUGUAAACUUCCUUGGAUUACCACCAACGAAUUGAAAUUACAUAUACGAAUUCACACACACACACACACCCUCUCUGUGAGAGACAGAAAGAGAGAGAGAGACAGACAGGCAGAGGGAGAGAGUGAGAAAGAGAGAGAGAGAGACUGACAGAGAGAGAGAGAGAAAGAGAGAAUCACAUACAUAUAUCGUAAAAUCGUAUCUGGGUAUGAAUCCCGGUCAGUUUUCGGUAGUCUUUGGUUAAGACUGUAGGUAUAUAUAAUUUUUUUUUCUGUUAGAGCAAUCUGCAGUUUAUGAUACCACCGUUAGUCGUAGCAGACUUACCCAUUAGCAGUCAGAAGCUAGCCAGCAGUGGCUCUUCCUGUAACAGUCCACUGGCAGUCGAUAUUAGCUAUUCCACUCUAUGAUAUAAAUCAACCGAUGAGAAGGAGUUUCAUUUAUCCAGUGGUAACAAGCCUUAUUUGGAACUUCUGGAAAGCUUGUUACUUAGAACUAAGCAUUCGUAUACAUAAAUAUAUACAAAUCCACACAUACACACACACACUCUCUCUCUCUCUGUCUAUCUAUCUGUUUGUCUCUCACAGAAAGAGAGAGGGAGAGAGAGAGAGAGUGAAAGAGAAAGCCCAGAUAUAUAUACAUAUAUAGAACCACAGAUUGUUUUAGAAUGCAUUGUAUGAAAGUGCAUGGGGUGUAAAGCAUAGAACCGCAUAGUAAUACCAGUGUUAUUGUAUAUAUAUAUAUAUAUAUAUAUAUAUAUAUAUUAAUAUGUUAAAUUUUCAGUGUGUCAUUAUUCAAUUCUAUGCUAGAGAGAAUAAUAGGAUGAUUACCUUUACUUACUAUCAAACCUGGUGCAUAAUUUUAAAACUCUAAAGUUAUUCCCUAUGUGUAUACAUUUGUGUGUGUAUGUGUAUGUAUAUAUAUAUAUAUAUAUACAUUUACACACAUACAGAUAGAUACGCACACUCACACACACAUACAUAUCUAUAUGCGUAUGUGUGUAGUUAACGAUGUCUGCACCAAUUUGUAUGCAUAUGAAUAUAUUUUAAUAUACAUUGUGUAGUGUAGGUCAUACAUGCAAAUUCUGUAUACGUUCUUACAUUUGCAUAUGCUAAUCCCUAUCAUUUUGGCAAUGUUCAAACUGACUCUAAUCCAUGAAUUACUUAAAUUUGAAUUAGCUGAAAAUUAAACCAAACUCUGCCAGAAGUUAUAACAUCGUCUCUUCUGCUAAUGAGUGAUUUGCCUAGAAAUUCUAUCUCAUUCGUGUAACUGAUUUACAGACAUUUCGUUAAUAGCUUUAUGUCAGAGCUGAUUGAUCAAACCUGCCAACAAAUAGUUUCGAACCGUUACCAACCUAUAAUAUAUUCCAGAUACAGUGUGACUACAAUUACUUUGUUGAGUAGGUAGUUCUUUUUGUUUAAGGUUACGGUGUGAUCUGACAAUUAUUCGGCGGUUAAUUCUUGGAGAAAUACAAGUUUCAUCGUUUUGAUCCAAUAAAAGUAUAUAUUGUUGAUAAUUUUGCUGUCGUCACUUUCGCGUUUAAUUCUUCAUUUAAUUUGAUUUAAAAUUACCCUGAUAAAUUAUUGCAGCAUCCAUAUCAGCUUGAUAAUGAAAUUCUGCAAAUCAUUUUAAACCGUUUGAAUACCUCCAAAUUUACAGAAGUGAUAAAAGGAUAUUGUGUAAUUUCGAUGGAAGAACUUCAGUGACUUCAAGUGGAAUGUAUUUUAUUGGGAAUAUUAACUAGGGCAUUCAUUUAAUUUAUCGGAAGCUUCGAGCAUUUCUCGGUAGUGACGGAUUGGAUCACUUAGGAGUCCGUUUCAUGACUUGUCUCCAACUCGUUACAUCAGUUGGGAACAGCCUCUAUUAAAGAUGAAUGCCCCACCUUAGUAUUCCUUAGACUCUGAACUAUAUUAUCAAUAAACUGUAUAAAAAUCGCUUCAAUGAUGAAAUAAAUUAGGAAGCUAUGAUUGAAGAAUGCACUAAAUUAGAAUAUAAAUGUGUUUUCCACAAAGAGACGUUGUCAAUUUUAGUAACACAUUAUCAGAUAUAUUUCUUCAUACGGAUAGCACAUAAUCAAUUUUUUUUCUAGGCUUUUAGAGUUUUAUCUUCAUUUUAUUAAUAUUUGAAGUGUAUUAUGAUUUAGCUUUCAAACUUGAUAGUAAGAAAUCAAUUUAUCAGAUGUUAGCUAUAAAUGAAGUAGAUAUAUUAAUAAUGCAAAAGUCAAUAGGUUUAUUGGCAUUGAAAACAAAUAUUUCUAAAGUGAAACAAAACCCCAAACAACAAGCUGACUAACUUUUUGCUUUGUACUUUCAAGGCUGGUACAAGAAGAGAUUACUGCUAAUGAAUACCACCAAAAGUAAUUUUAUAUAUUGUUUUGUAUUCAAUCAAAAGUUAUGCUGUUUUGUAUUCAGUCCUUUCAGAUGCUGGCAACAUAGUUGGAAAAAAUCCGAGAAAUAAAUAGGAAGAAAGGGAUAAGGAAGAGAGGAAUUAUUAUAUUCGUUGUAUCUAUGACAUAAAGGUACUCUCUUAGAUACAAGGGAUUUCAUAUUUAUAACUACUUUUCAUGUUUUUCAGGUGCAUAUUACAUGUUCACGCAUAUAUACAUACAUUCCAUAUUUAUCUAUGUAAAUGUGCGGGUGUGAAGAGUGCACAAAGAUUAUCAGAGUACUGAGUACAUGAUAUAGAAUGACAUAUUUAAUAAUGUUAGUAAUUUCACUUACUCGUUGACGCGAAUAAGUUAAGAGAGAAGACUAAACUCGUUGCAUACUAGUUUGGGACCGAAUUAUAUCACUUGAGCUGGCUAAAAUUAACAAGGUGGAAGAAUUCAGAUACAAUAGAUAUUGCUAUUGUAUCUAGUUGGGAGAUAAUUCAUUAUACUCAGCUGUUGAAUUCAAGAGAAGGGAAAUCGGAUGGGAAAAAGUAUAAGGAAUAAAGCCUAAGCUUUAUAAUAACACUAAGGAAAGUAUAAAAGUUAGAGUUGAACUCAGUUGAUAUAAAUGUAUAUUCAAAGUAUAUAUUAUUAAGUAAAAUAUCUAGUAGUGUUAGUAAUUCCGGUUACAAGUGCACCAGAAUUAGAUAUAUUCGUUAAAUAUAGUUUUAGGGCGAGCUUUGUCCUGUGGGCUAGCUAACAAUAACAUAGUUGAAGAGUUGGGAUACAAUGGUACAAAAGCAACUCUGCACUAUUCAAUCUGAGAUCAGAAGUCAUUGAUAUACGUCGUCCUUGCGAUAAAUAUUUGCUAAAAAACUGAUUUCAUAUAGUUAAUGAAGCAAUCCAUUAUAUUAAAUAGCUACAGCUAAGAGAGAAGAGGUCGGUUGGGAAAAAUUGUUAUCAGGGCUCUUAACUAUAUGAAAUCAUGACUUAUCAGUUUUUUUAGCAAAUAUUUAUCGCAGGGACGACGUAUGUUAAUCAUUUAUGAUCUCAGAUUGAAUAGUGUGCAGUUGUUUUCGUCUCUUUUUGUACCAUUUUGUAUAAAUUAUAUAUUCCGUUGGUCACAAACUUUCUGGUGAGUGUUGCAACGCAUUUUUUGAGGUCCAAAACAUAAUUAGUUUUCUUAUAUUCCGAUUUUUUAUGCUCCUAAAGAAAGAAUUGUGGUUGAAUUGUCUUUGAAUUUACCUUCACGAUACCUAUAUUAUAUCUAUACACUAUGUUUAAACUUGCUUUCGGUAUUGAUAUCAAGCGGUUGCUAAUUACUUCUAUAGUGCUUCAACGAAUACAAACAUGCAUUUAUAUUGUGGGGUAUGCAGAUAUCAUUAGCAGUUAUUUUUGUGGGAUUACUCGUUAUUUAGCUUUUUUUAUACUUGUAGUAGAGCUAUGAUUGAAUUUUAGUUUUAUUUAUUGCUUAAUAUCCUACAUUGGCGAGUAAGAGGCGGAAGCUGUUUCAAAGCUAGGAAAUCUUUAAGUAUGUUAAAUGUAAUCUUUAAUAAUAAAAAAGUUAUAUGGCAAAUAAUAUUGUAGCGACUUUCCUUGUUAGCGUAUGGUGGAGUGUUUAGCAGUGCACUUAAUAUCAUCUUUGAAUUCACUAGUUUUCAGUGCUUUAUCACAUUAGGAUGCAAGUUUGAAGAAAAUUUCUUCAUUCGAUAUUAGUUCUGAGAUUUUUCUGCUAAUAUUGUUUAGGCUUUUGAAAACCAUUUAAUACUUCACAACGUUUCCUUUGUUUUAUUUGAAAGUGUAAAUUUUGGGGUUAUUUCUUAAUAAGUUGAAAUUUAUGUAGGUUUUGUGAUACAUUUAUAUUCUUAUUUGUGUAUCACAUAUCUAAAGAGUCGCAUUAAAAAUUCUAUGUGCUUGAUUGUUGCAGGCAGUUCUUAUUUUCUAACCUGAAGAAACAUCUGAAUAGCUGUAUCACAGAAGAAAGCCGUCCAUCGCAUGAGUUUGACUACAACUUCCUAGUCUCCCUCUCCUUUUCCUUCUCCUUCUAGCUGUACAAUAUAUCUAUAUUUGCAGGUGUGUUACUUUAACAUGUGUUUCCGUGUGAUUGAAUUACUAAUUUAUUCCUACCAGUUCAUGGAAACAUGUUAAAAUGAACCAUGAAUUCAAACCUGAAUUUCGAAUUCUGAAAUUUGUUUCGGCGACACAGUAAUUUUAAAUUGUCACUCUAUAACUUCUAAAAUUUUUGAAAUUCAAAAGCACAGCGGAGUAGCAUAAACUAGUUUUACUUUCAAUUAAUAGAUAUACAUGGAUCAAAUCCAAUGAGUUAAUCACCUUACAAAUACACAAAUUUGCGCCAGUGUAAGAUAUGAAUAUUUUCAAACCUUCCAAGCAGGAAUUAUUAUAUGCUUUCGAUUAAUUUUGAUUCAAAUAUAGUUGUACUGCAUAGGAAAGAAAAUUUCACUCACACAUAAAAGCAAAUCAAAAAAGAAUGAAUGUUAUAUAAUUUCAUCUCCUUAUCUGUUAAAUUUGUGGAUUUAUUCUAGUAGCAAAUCAAUAUUGUCUAAAAUCAUAAAACAUCGCUACAGGCAACGGUAUUAAGUUUGAGAGUUUUUGCUUUUUUCCUUAUUUUAAAACAAUCCAGUAGUGUUCAUCAAAAUAUCAGAUUAAAAUGAAACUGAAUUCUUUUCCAAGAACUGUCUCAUACACCGGAUUUAAAGACUCUACUGUCUGUCAGUGUAUUUGUGUGUAUAUAUCUGUGUGUACGUGUGUGUGUGCACGCGUAUUUGUGUGUUAGUGAGUGUGUGUUUUAUGUGUGUGUUAAAUAUCUAUAUAUGUGUAUGUAUAUAUGUGUGUAUUGGCGUAUUCGUAUGCAUAUAGGUAUUAAUUUCAUUCAACAAAGAGCUUUUACAGGAAUUGUAUUUAUUCCAAUCUAUUAUCUCCACCAUCACAUCAAUCAAGAUCAUCAUCACCAUCAUCAUCGUCGAGGUCAUCAUCAUCAUCAUCAUCAUCAUCAUCAUCGACAGUAGUAGUUUUUGUCGGUGAAUUAAUACGUAAUUAAGAGUUUCAAGUCUACAAUAACAAGCCUUAUUAUUUGCAGCAUAAGUUAUACUAGAAUUAAAGUUAUCACAAUUACCAGAUUUUGUUUUCGAAACACAUAAGCAGCAACAUUAGGUCCUUCUUGAGCAAAUACGUAAACAAUUUUGAGAUUAGCGUGAGGAGGAACAAAACUUUUCGAUUUUAUAUUGAAUAAAUCCUCCUUACUUUUAUACAGAGUGUAUAAAUAAGAUUGUGACUGAACGACUAUAAGACAUUCUAUAUGAUAGUCGUGAACCACAUCCCCGGUGAUCAUACAACUGUAGGUAUUAGAGAUGGUAUAUUACAAUCUUCUGAACAUCAGGACAACAUUUUCCAGCUAACCUCGAUUAUAAGUUUGAAUUUAAAUAAACAACUAUUAAUAUAUUGUUAAUUAAUAUCUCUCAAAACUUAAUUAUAGUUUAAACUGUUUGUACCUUUAAACAAAUAAAUACUGUAUUUUAAACUUUGAAGUGUCACUACCAGAAAUCUUUAUUUCGAAGAUGUAAAUACCAAAAAUCAACUGAGAAAAUUUGGAAGAAAAAUAAUUGUUUUAAUAGUUAUUGUGAUAAAUUACUUUUGCUUGGUUUUUGAGGAUCACCAGAGAUUAUUCAAAGAAAUGUGGAACAAUUAAUUUACCAUUAUUUUCUCCUGAAAAGAAGUUGGUUACUAACAUGUUUAUAUAUUUGUAUUAUAAAAUGUUUUUACUUUUUCAAUUAUAUUAUUAUUUUUAAUAAACGUAAUCUAAACAAUUUAUGGCUUUACAAAACAAAAUCAACAACACAAUAGAAGUGCAUAAUAUUUCUUUGUUAAUAACUACAGACAGUACAAACAUAUCUUAAAGAGUAUCUCAAAAUACUAUAAUCACAAAAAUUCAAUAUGCAGCAUAUUGAAUUUGUACGUUGAAUUUGUUUUGUAAACACAAUGUUAGCAUGUUAUAAAGACAUGAACACAUAAGCCCAUCAUACAAAUUAAUUACACAAUAUCAACAUAAUAUAUAUUACAAUAUAUGUUUAUGUCACACAAACAGAAACAAUAUUCAAUUAUAAAUACUAAUGAACAGUAAACAAUAAUCAAUACAGAACCACCAAUAUAUUAUCAGUAUAAUUAACAACUGAAAGGUAUUUGACAACUGAUACAGACGAUACGAUUCACUAUCAACUUUUCGCAUAUCUUCACUAACCAAAGAUUAGAGUAUCAAAUAUUGUAGGCGGAAGAAAUACGGAUAACGCUAAAAGUAUCUUAGAUGAAUCAUAUAUAUAUAUAUAUAAUAUAUAUAUAUAUAUAUA